GGACCUAUUCUGUUUCUGAUAUAUGUAAAUGAUCUUCCAAACGGAAUAGACUAUUUCAUCUUAAUGUUUGUUUAGUAUGCAAAAAGUUUGAGGAGGAUUAAGACCUAGGAAGAUAUCAAGAGGCUACAAGAUGACCUAGACAAACUGAACAAAUGAUGCACCGAUGGCUACUAAAGUUCAACCCAAGUAAAUGUAAGGUAAUGAAACUAGUUGGAGGGAACAGGAUGCUAGACAUAGGAUACUGAAUGGGAGACGAAGUCAUCCAUGAAAUGGACAGAGAGGAAGAACUAGGCGUUCGUAUCACGCCGUGUAACAGUUGUUGAGGUGACUUGUGUAGAGACUUGGGAUGGUACCUGACUUACCAGACAUUAUUAGCAGGGAGGUGAGGUAAGGUGACGCAAACCUCACCUCGAGUAGUUUUAAAGAUUAGAAGGCUAUCCCUUGUUACCAGAUUCAAAUCAGUCCAUUCAACGAUAAAUUGGGGAUAGACGGGUAUAAAAGCUGGCCACGAGAGCGGGAGUGGACAGUUGUGUUCAGUGUCUCAGACAAGAGAGGACUCUAAGAGUGUAGUGUUGGGCAUCACAUAGAGAGGACUCUUAAGAGCGUAGUGUUGGCCAUCGCAGAGAGAGGACGACUGACAAACUUCAUCACUGUUGUAUCUUGAACAAGAUGAAUAGUAGAUGCAUGAUGACAGUCGGGUAUGUGGAGGGACAUGCCUAGAGAAUAAUUUCGCUUCGCUCAUCCCGGAUUCUCGUCCCAUAUACUCUAGAACACAUGUGGUUAUAACACUAACUUACCACAUGUUUAAAACUCAGUUGUGUGGAAGAACUUUAUAGUGAACUUGAUUUAAUAAUUAUAAUACAGAAAUUAUAAGUUUGAAUAGAAUCUCGUAAAGAACAGUUAGUAAAUCAAAUUGCAUAUAAAAGUUGCUAAUAUUCGUUAUAAAAGUAAUAGUGCCAAAGCUACAUAAUCUAGCAUAUCCAUGCCCUUAAGAAAACUGCUUGUGCUAUCACAGGUUGAAAGUUGUGAAAUAGAUACAGCAAUGGGAGAUGCUAUUCAAGAUAACAAGCUGCUUCAUAUAGAGCAGAAUCGAUUAAAGACCUUUGAGGGUCAUAAUUUCAACAUGGAUAGUCUUAUACUUGCAAGGGCUGGUUUCUAUUAUACAAAUAAAGACAGUAUUUUAGAGUGCUGUGCAUGCCAUUUACAAAUUGAUGCUGUAACCCUUGACCCAAAUGAAGACAUAAUUGCUUUACACAAGAAAAAGAAAGCAGAGUGCACAUUUGCUCAGAACUUAAGUAGAUCAAAGAAGUUUGCUUCCUAUGACAGUCUGCGUUUUGAGAGAGAACGCUUGGAAACCUUCAUAGAGUGGCCAGUGGAAUGGUUGAAACCAGAAGAUUUGGCUCGAGAUGGCUUUUACUAUCUGAGAACUGCUGACCACUGUGCUUGUGUCUUUUGCCGAGGCAUUGUUGGGGCCUGGGAGGUAGGAGACACUCCCAGAGGAGAGCACCAGCGGCACUUUCCUCACUGUCCAUUCAUCCGGGGCCAACCCGUGGGAAAUAUUCCACUGACUCAUGGUGAAUUACUCUCGAAGCUGUCGCCCAGUAACCCACAAGCUGCAGAUGGGGACACAAGGGGAUUGGAUGCCAAUAGACAAGCAAAGGAACUGGAUGCCAAUAGACAAGCAAGGGGAUUGGAUGCCAAUAGACGCACAAGAGGGAUAGAUGUCUGUGGUACUCCUUCCCCAAGGCUUAUGGCAGGCUCUUACGCAGAGUGUCAUGGACCUCCUAAAAAGCCAGGAAUAAGCCUUGAAGGUAUGGGACUGCCUCAGCACACUGGCCCCAAGCGAAAGGACUACCUAACAUGUGAAAGUAGACUUGCAAGCUUUAUCAAGUGGCCUGAACGUGUGAAGCAGAAACCAAAGGAGUUGGCUGAAGCAGGAUUCUUCUAUUGUGGUCUGAGUGAUCAUGUGCGCUGUUUCCAUUGUGGAAAUGGACUCCGCAAUUGGGAAUCUGAUGACGCACCUUGGAAUGAGCAUGCUCGCUGGUAUCCAGAGUGCAACUUCGUUCUUUUGACGAAGGGCCAAGAAUUCAUUGAUAAGGUUCGACGUGAAAAGCCUCCAUAUAUUCGCAGUCAACCUACUGACAAGACUUCUAAAAGUAAUACUGCUUCCACAUCACCGUUGACUACAACACUUAUUAGUGAAAAUGAAUUAAAUCCAUUAAUGGAACUAGACAUCAUUAGAGCUGUUAUUUCCAUGGGCUUCCCUCAAGAUAAAGUGAGAGCUGCUCUCCGACGAAAGCUUGAGCAGACAGGGUUGCCUUUCUUUGGCCUUGAGCCAUGCAUUGAAGCAGUCCUGCAGUAUAUGGAGGAGGAAACCAGACAAGCUCUAAAUCAGGCCUCUAGUCAAGAAAUAGAAAAUGAAGCGACAGCCCAGCAAGCUGCCAAGAUGCAAUCUCUAGGUCCUGAAAAUCGGAACAGGCCAACUACAUCAUCUGCCUCUUCAUCUGCUUCAACAUCUACAAAUUCUACACCCUCUGCUGUUACAUCUUCCUCCCCUCUAGUCACAUCUGCCGCUUCCACGUCUGCUGCAAAUACCCUAGCCUCCAUUCCAACUGCUUCUGCGUCAAGCUCAGCAGUCUCAGCCUCGGCUUCUUCCUCAGCAUCAGACAGGGAACAUCCUGAAGCUUCUAUCAAUAAUAGCUUGACAGUGUCUCCAGCAUUAACAACUACACAUGAAGAAAUGGAAACUGAAGAGAAUACAGCUGCUGAAACUUUAGCUCAGCCCAUGGAUGUUAUUACAGAAGCUGAUGAAAUUAUGGGAAUUGCUGAAGUUGCCCUAAAGCCACCAAUUUCUGGUCCUUCAUCUCUUGAUCAAAUUGAGAUGAAAAUUGAGCAGGCAUCUGGUGAAAAAAUGCUUGAAAACCCUUCUACAUCAGGGCUUGAAAAGAAUGCACCUCAGUCUUCUCAAGAACUUGCAGAAGAAUUGGAAAGAAUACGGGAUAUUAGAAUGUGCAAGGUUUGCAUGGAUGCCGAGAUGGAUGUAGUGUUCCUGCCUUGCCAACACAUGGUUACUUGCUCCUCUUGUGCUUUAGCCUUGGCACAGUGCCCAAUCUGCAGAGUAGAUAUAAAGUAUACAAUUAAGCCAAUUCUUUCCUGAAUAAUGUCAGUGAAAGUAUAAAACUUUCCUGGUAUUACAAAAUGGGGAAAGAUUAAAGAUUAUCAUUUCUUGCCAACAAGUUUUUUUUGUACUAAUACAGGUAAAAUAUUUAUUAUUUCAAUUUGUAAAAGUUUAAAGCAAAGAUUUCGGUCAUCCAAAGAUUUGCUCAAUAGAUCUGUCAGUGCAGCUAUCAAAACAAUGCAAAUCACUUCUGUGCUAUGCUUGGUUAAUUAUAGUUCCAGAAUAGCUUGUAACCCAUAAUAAACUUGUAAUUAUAAAAAAAAAUUAUUAUUUUUUGUGAAGUUUUCUCACUUUUUUUAAAGUUGUAAAUUUUGUAUUUUGUUGCGCAAUUCAACUUUUAUUUUGACUUGCAAAUAACUUUUCCAGUAUUGGAAAAUACCAGUUUUAUUUAUGAAAAUAACAUUUAAUUUCACAAAAAUAUUUUGCACUUUGAACAAUUAAGUUUGAGGGUGCCUAGUGGUAAAUGUUAAGUAUUGCAAACUUACUGGGCUAGUGUCGGUAUCUUUAUUUUCUUAUCACUCAUUAUGUAAAUAGCAUUAUUUUUGUCAUUAAAGAUAAUAAGGUAUGUUGACAUUUACCAGACAGUCCAAAUAGUACCCAGCAUUUAUUGCAAGGUGCUGUGCAAUUGUGUGGAUUAUCUAUUGUACAUGAUGCACAUGUAAUGGACAUUAUAGUACAGUUAGUCAAAGUUCU